AUGAAUCGGGUUUUUGGAAUCCUGGCCAUUCUUGCGGUGUGGUUAUCGGGGGCUCUAGUGAGAGUGAAAAAGCCAAUCGUUCCCGAUCACAAUUGUUUGUUUGUGUUGGCACAUCCGGACGAUGAGUCCAUGUUUAUGAUCCCCACCAUCCUCGCUCUGAACAAGUCCACACUUUACUUUUUGUAUUAUACGAAUGGGGAUUUCGAAGGUUUGGGAGACAUUCGUGAAAAAGAGUUACUUUCUGCCCUAACUUUCUUGUCCGUUGACCCUACCCAUAUUCAGAUUGUUCACGAUCAUUCUAUUCAGGAUUCUCCGACUCUCACCUGGAAUGAAACAAAAACUGUCCAGAUCCUUCAAUCUGCUGUCGAAAAAUGGAACGUUAUGGAAAUUUUCACCUUUGAUGCCUUUGGGGUGUCGGGUCAUGUGAACCAUAUAUCUGCACAUUCUGCAGUCGCAAGCUACUGCUCAAACAAUAACAUUUCUGUAAGAUAUUUGAAAUCUGCAAACUUGCUCACCAAAUAUUUGGGUCCAUUUCAAAUGAGCUCUGCUUACACAUUUCGUGUGUGGUCUCCACUCAUGAGCUGGAGAGCCAUGUCCUUGCACCGUACCCAAUUUCUGUGGUAUCGUCGUCUGUUCGUGUUGUUUUCGUGCUAUUCCUAUGUCAAUGUGUGGAAUGAAUUGUGUUUGUCUGAGAAGGUAUUUGAAGUCAUCAGCUUGUCUUCAAGUUUCUUCGAUCGAUUUGACUUUAUCUCCCUAUGCAAAAUCGGAAUUCAAUCUCGAAAGAGAUUGGGUAAACCCGAGAAUAUUCUGCCCUUUUUACGCUAUCCGUGCAAACCAAAUCGUUUUAUUCCGCAUUUCUGGGAGCUUGUUUUGAAGCUCUACUCUACUGAAGUACUCUAUCCUAUUAGUAAGGACAAUUAUUGCUUUGAAUGGUAUAAUCCCUUUUUGAAUAAGAACGAAGGUGAGAUUUCACGUGAUGUUUGUCGCACUUUUCCUCAUCACCUUUUAUUCCGCCACAAAGAGAACGAAUCUGUCCUUCGCAAAGUGAGCGACAAUUAUUUUGGACUUGGCUACUGCCAAGGAAUGAACUACGUCGCUGGAACGAUCAUGAUCGCUCUAGUCGAUCCCGAGCUAAACGGCUACUAUAGUGAUAAUGACACAGAUGAACUGCAAUAUCGAAUUCGAAAUUUGGACACAGAAGAUAUCCGAAACCAAAUGUACGAGAUCAUGUCUUUACUGAUUGAUCGGUUGCAGAUGGUUCGGUUGUGGGGGUAUGGCUUUCCAGACCUCCCUUUAUUCGUGUUUGUUUUACGAAAUCGCUAUGCUCCGGAUCUUCGCGAUCAUUUAGAAUCGCUCGGUUUUGACUUGUCAAUCAUCGUCACCCGGUGGUUCAUUCCGCUUUUUUCGAACAACAUGCCGUUUUCGUUGGUGUUCCGGAUCUGGGACUAUUUGUUUAUCGUGGGAAUCUCAGGCCUCUUUCGAGUCACCAUGGCGUUGCUGCUGCAGUAUAAAAAGAUCAUUUUACAGAGCGAUUUGGUUCAGAUAUCGAGCUUUAUCCAUGAUGUGGGUCUCUCGCAUCUGCAAAAAGAAAAGGAAGUGCAAGCCUUCUUUAAAACCAUGAUUUCAUUGCAUGAUGUGGGGGAGGAGUCGAGAAAUGAUCUGCAGAUUGAUCGGGUUUCAAUGUCGGAGGAGUGCAAAGUGAAGCACGAGCAGUUGUCAUCCGACAUCCGCGUGCUGCUGGAGCGAAUCAAAAACAUUCACGACGAGGAAGUGCUGCUUCGGAACGAUCUUCGAAACAAUCUCCUCGAUGAGACGCGAUUCACCGACGAGUUGGGCGAUUUGAAUCAAAAGAAAGCGAAGGCGGAGAGGUCGUAUGUGAGGCUGGUCAAGCUUGGUCAACAAGCGAAUCUUUCGGAGUAUGUAAACCAGAUUUCCGUCUUGGAAGAAUGCAUUCAGCAGGUGGAAGCUGAUUUGGCUUCGCUGAAAAAGCGAAUUUCAGAACGGAUCGAAAGUGGGAAUGAAAGAAGGGAGUGA